UGAAUAGGAUGAUUAGACAACUUUUCUGCAGAAAUAAAAAGGCUGGUGUGUCAGCAGAAAACCGAAUUGGAAGAAAAACACGAAAUAGUGGUCCGAAUAGUGUCCCAUCAGACAAACUCUAAAGUGAAGGAAAACGGUUUAGCUUUUUUUUGUGCAAAAUGUCGCUGUCAAAGUUUAAGCGUGAGGAUAUGGAAUUUGUACCCAAUGGGAACGUGAUGGAACUCCGUCCAAUACAGCAACUUCGACGAGCCAAGAUUGAUGCGGCCGCCCUCAAGGGGGGUCGCAAGCUCCGCAAGGAUGAAGAGCCAAGGGCCCAAAUGGUCGGCCGCUGGAAGCCCAUUGAUGACCUGGCCCUGUUGACGGCCAUGGAUCGGGUGAACAAUGUUAAGAUCGUGCAUCGUGUAUGCAAAUUCUCGUGCAUGUUCUCGCUCAAGGAGGUCCAUCAGCGUUGGAAGGCACUGCUCUACUCGCCCAUGGAUUCGCAGACGGCGAUGUCGGCCAUCGAGAAUCUACACCCGGAGACGGUGGCCACCGUUAGGGCUAAUACGGUACUCAGUCCCGAGGAGGAGGAAGUAAUCAUGAGCAUCAAGAGCUCGGAAUCCCCCUCACUGGCAAAGUUUCAGGAGCUGAUCGAUCAGAAUGCAGCCAUCUUUUUGCGUGAACGAACGGCCCAAUAUCUGCAAAUUUACUGGCGCGAGCUCCGCAAGUAUAUGCUGCUGCCUGAUCAGGUGAUUGCGCCGGGCGAGGAGGCGUCCUAUCUGCAGAGCUUCUCCGAGGCCGAGGCGGAGGCCUUUCAUGUCAAUGUCCACGAGCCCAUCGACGAGGCCCUGGACGCCGAGCUGGAGCUUCAGAGCCGUCGCAAUAGGCGCUCCAUUCGGUUGUUGGAGAACGAAAUAACUCGUAUGUCCGUCCUGGUGGACUGUGGUCGUGGUCCUCGAGAGCUGGACAACAAUACGAUUGCCUGUUUGUGCGGCCAUCGGGUGCGCUUUCUGAUGCAACAUCCGGAGAUCAACUUUGGGCGCGACGGUAACGAAGGCUCCGAUUGGAAGGUGGAUGUGAACCUGGCCCUGGAGGGUCCGGCCGAGAAGGUGUCACGUCUGCAGGGCACCAUUAAGCUGCGCAACGAUGGCAUCAUCUUCAUUGCCAAUGUGGGCAAGCGGACCAUCUUUGUGCAGGGCGAACCCCUGCUUACGAGUCACAAGACACGACUCGACGACAAUAUGUUGGUGGAGAUAUGCGGCCUUACCUUUACGUUCAUCAUUAACCCCAAUGCCAUCGAUGCCGUACGCACGCAGUGCGCCAAGACAUCGGAGCCGUUGAAGUAACAGAAUCGAUACAGGACCUGAUCUGAGGCAGAGCCAAGUAAAUUUGUUGGUUAAUGCGGUGUGGGGGAUCUCUCUGCGAUAUCUCUUAACUUUACUAGAAUUUCCGAUGAUAGAAAUAAAGAGGAAGCACUAUCGCUACCUAUGUUCCAUAAAUUAAA